AUGGCGCCACGAAAGAAGAGUAACCGAACGACCGCUUCGAAAGUGCCGACCUCCAGGAAGCAUGCUGUUCAGAAGUCGACACCGAGGAAGAAACCCUCGGGCGCGAAGAACACUGCAGCGUCGACCAGGGCGACCAGAUCUACCAGGACUCCGGCAGUCCUAGCCACUACACGAACCACCCGCUAUCAAGCUGUCAACGCAGCACGAAAUGCAGUCCUGAACACGACAGAACUCCUCGAACACAUCCUCAUCCACCUCCCAGCGGACUCCAUCCUCGCCGCGCAACGUGUAAGCAAAACGUUCAAGAACGUCAUCCAGGGCUCCAUCCUCAUCGCCCAACAAAUCGACUUCGCUCGCGACUCGCCGCGAAACCGUCCCGGCAAGGUCGAAAGCUGGCAACCCGACUCCGCCACACACCCCAACUCAACAACCUUCGAGCCCUGGGACAACUCAAGCUUCACCACCGCCGCAAGACUCACCGUUCGAGACCUAAACACCUGCGUCUUCAAAUCCAGUCCGGACCCCGAGCGACGAACGAACCACUACAACUUCCUCUCAAGGACUGUGCCCAAUGGUGAAACCUUCUACUUCAAAUCAAAGAACAUGUCCCCCGCCAUCUUGAGAAGCAUGCGCCUCCAACCCCAAUCCUGGGACGAUUUCUGGAUCACCGCACGACACCCGACCUGGCGGCAACCUCUCGUGAUCAACAUGGCGAUCCGGAUCGGCAUCAAUGAGCCGGGGAUGCGCGUUUAUGGGUUGCCUGAUGGCGUGAAGUUGAGGGAUAAGGUGAAGGAGUUGGAGGGGAAGUAUGGGAAGAGUGCGAGGGUGACGGAGCUCUCGAUCAAAAUGCCAGGAACUAUUUUUCCGAGCCAGGAGGAGCGAGACCUUGUGGCGAGGCUUGUAGAGGAGCGGGAAAGGUUGGCUGCGGAAGCUGCUGAGGAGGAAGAUGAUGUGUGA